AUGCUCCCCCCAACCCUCGAUCUCGUCCUCGGCAAAUCCGCGUACCGCGACCCCCAACCCCAGAACUGGGUUCUUAUCCUCUUCCCCUCGACCACCCUCUCCGCUGACACCCCAACCCCAAACACAUACUACUACAUCCAAGGCGGUCCGCACCAAGACCCACCUACGGAAUUCGAGGCCUCCGUUGAUGUCGACACGCAGUUUUAUGCGUGGACGAUUGCGAGAAUGGAGAAGAUUUGUAGUAUUGAUGUUAGGGAUAAGGAGAGGGUUGAUGCGGUUGUGAGCGGGGUUGAGGCUAAGAGUUCGCAGGUUUAUGUUGUUGAGAUACUCAGGGAGUUAGAGGGGGUUCAUUUGGUUCCUGAUGGGACGGCGGCGGACUGGGCGAGGAGGGUUGAUAAGAGGUUGUGGGGUUAG